AUGACAAUCACUUCUGAGUUCUACUCAUGGCUCACUCCCAGCAACCCGGAGACAGCUGAGCCUCCCAAGAUAGGACAACCGGCACCAAUCACUCCCUUGAUCACACUCGAGCCGAACAAGCGCACCAUCAUCACCUUUCUACGACACUGCGGAUGCCCAUUCGCCGAGAAGACUUUUAUUAGGAUCCGAGAGGCAGCUAAAAUCCAUCGAGACAUUGAUUUCAUUGCGGUCUCGCAUUCUGCCGAAAAGGACACUCAAACUUGGCUGAGUUCUCUACCACAGCACGGAAGUGAGCCUGGAAACUUGAGGAUCAUCGUUGAUAGCGAGAAGGAGGCCUAUUCAGCAUGGGGAUUGGGUGUGUCAGGCUGGGCUCACAUCCUCGACCCUCGGGCGCUAUCAAGUGUCUACACCCUGAGUAAGGAAGGCAUAUCAAAUCGCCCAACGGAAAGUGGGAGCCGAUGGCAAACUGCAGGAUCGUUUGCAGUCUCUGAAGACGGUAUGAUCAAGUGGGGAGGACCAGCACGGAGAUCAGACGAUAUAGCAGACUUUGACGAGGCCGUUCAAGCGCUGGAGAAGUGA